AUGGGUAUAACACUGAUAUUCAAACAAAUUCGGGGCAUUUUUGCCCAAUCCCACAGUAAGUCUGAACAAGUCAGGUUAUCAAGGAGAGCGUUCUUCCAGUUACUGGGGUACUUAGGAGGAUGUGUAAUCAUUUCUCUGGCAACACAAUCACAGUACCUUGAAUGA